UUUUGGUAAUAUUGAGAAACUCCAUUUAAGCCAGCUCCGUCCAGCCCAAGAAGAAUUGUUGGAAUUACCAAGUCAGGCAUUGAAGUGUGCUUUGGCAGGUGUGAAACCCAUAUCUGAUACUUGGUCUUUGAAUGCAGUAGUAAGGAUGAAAAGCCUGGUGAUGAAUAAGAUUCUGAAGUCCAGAACCAUACAGAAGGAGGAGAACAUCCUCUUUGUGGAACUUAAAGAUGAAACUGAGAAUUCAAUUAUCAAUAUCAAUGAAAAGUUAAUUUCUGAAGGAUUGGCUAUUAAAAUAGUGGAAGAACAAAUCAUUUCUAGCUUGGAAAGCAGCAAAACUGCAGCAUGUAUGGGAAAAAAUGUAAAUGCAAAGCUGUGGAAGACUGUGGAGCUGCCUUUGAACAGUGUGGUGCCUAUUAAGGUGAAAGAAAUGAUAAACCCUGGCAUCUUCUAUGUUCACAUUAUUGGGACUCCAGAUUUGAAGAAGCUAUACCUGUUGAAUGCAGAGUUGGCUGAACACUGUGGAGCUCAACCAGGCAAUUCUAUAUUCGGUCCUGAGGUUGGUGAUGCUUGUUGUGCAAGACUUGCAGGUGAUAACCACUGGCAUCGUACAGUUGUACUUAAUUAUUCUGACUCUUCAGUAAAAGUAAUUUGUGCAGAUUAUGGAACUGUAGAGACUGUACCACUUGAAAGUGUUAAGUGCAUUAAACCAGAACUUUUGGAUCCUCCAUUUCAAGUUGCAAAGUUUGCACUUGCAGAUGUUGAACUAAAACUUGAUGCGUGGACUCCUGCGGCCAGCAACUUACUCAAAAUCCUCCUAUUUGAUAAAAAUGUUUUGGCAACAAUAAGAGCGUUUGAUGGAAAUAUCUACACUGUAGAUUUGAUCGGACAUCUUCAAGGUGCUGCGAUUAAAAUAUCUGAUAAAUUGGUGUUGGAAGGUCUGGCUAAAUAUCUGGAUCAAGGUAAAAAAGCUCAAGAUCACAAAAGCUGUUGUUGCAAGGAUCUCCAGAAAGCUGUGGAAGAAAUCAAGCAACAACUUGCAGUACUCAUGAGCAAAAAUGUGGAACAAGUGUAUGAUAACAAAGCUGAAGGAUAAAUGUACUACUUUUCUUUUGUACAUGAAUGUGGGGUUUUUGUUUUCUGUAUUUUGGUAAAUCUCUUGUUUUGACUCAUUGCUGGGAUUUAAAGGAAAUUGAGUAGAUUUUCAUCUGCUUGUGUUGUUUGCAUGUAAUUUGUGCAUUGUCAUUGUAAAGUUUUAAAGGUAACUUGGUCUGUAACCAAAUAGUAAGGAUAGUCUUUAUCCAAUUAGUCUGAAAUUCUGAAAAAAAAAUUAUGACUGCACUGUCCCUUCUGAAAUACAAAGAAAAAUGCUGGGAAUUCUGAGGUCAGGC